GCCUCUCCGUCAGACGCCUUGUAGGCUAGACAAGAAGACAAGCCGCGCACGACUCACGUGCGAAGAUAAAAUGCAGUUGAAUAACCGGACCAGGCUAACGAGUUUGAAGCUGUCUGUUAUCUAACAUUAGUUUGGGGGAAAGGAGGAGAAGAAGAAGAAAAAGAAGAAGAAAAAGAAGAAGAAGAAGAAGAAGAAGUAGAAGAAGAAGAGCCAUGAAGAAACACCUGAGUCCAACAAAACAGCAGCAGCAGCAGCAGCAGCAGCCGUCACCGGCGGAUGUACCGGCAGCUCCCGGCGGAGAGGUUACCGUCCAACAACUCAACGAGCUCCUGUCUAACGGCAGUGGCUUCUACAGCCUACCGACUCAACACUUCAACGAGGUCUUCCCCCGAAUAUACAUCGGUAACGCGUUUGUAGCCCAGAAUGCAAUGCGUCUGCAGAAACUUGGAGUGACUCACGUCCUCAACCUGGCAGAGGGCACCUCCUUCAUGCAUGUCAACACCUGUGUGGACUUCUACACCGGCACGGGCAUCACGUACCACGGCAUCCAGGCCAACGACACGGAGCAGUUCAACCUCAGUGCCUUUUUUGAGGAGGGAGCUGAUUUUAUCGACAAGGCCCUUGCACACAAUAAUGGCAAAGGGAAAGUGUACGUACACUGCAGAGAAGGCUACAGCCGCUCCCCUACGAUGGUCGUGGCUUACCUCAUGCUGCGCCACAAAAUGGAUGCCCGGCUGGCGGUGGCCACCGUGAGGCAUAAGAGAGAAAUCGGUCCAAACGACGGCUUCCUCCGCCAACUGUGCCAACUUAACGAGAAGCUGGCAAAAGAGGGCAAGCUGAACGGGGAAGUGGGCAAGCUAAAGACCAAAUGAAUGCAGGACAGACCCUCCUCUGCCCUGUCUCCUCCCAUCAUGCCUUUCACAGGCUUUCAGCUACUCUCGGAGACUAACCAGCACCCAUCUGACACACCAAGGGGUAUUCUGAAACACAAACAUACAUGCAUUUAUCUGUGUAGAUAAGUAUUCCUCAUGCACACACACACAGUCUCACACAUGCUGUUUCUAAUCUUCAGUUCACGUCUGUCACUGCUGCUCUGUAAGGGGACAUCUGUCAGUCCUCUGCUGCUCCUACAAAGAGUGUGAUCUCAAAUACUUCCCUCAUCCCCCCCUUUUUUAAAACUCACACACACCACACAGAUGUGCGAACGUCUCGCUGCGAGCACCCGAAAGCAGCACCUUAAAGCAUUCCUUCAAUCCCAACAAGUUGAGAAACCUUCUCCCUGAUUUUUAAGAUAUCCUUAAUAGAUAGAAGAUUAUAGCACAAUCAUUCCAUAGUGUUCCACUGCCGGGAACGUCAGUGAUGUCUCCGCCAGCAGGAGUGCUCUAUUAAUUCCAAAUGAACUUUUAAAUAUCAGAAAGUCGACGGCCACACAAAGUGAUAUGUGAUGGAGGGCAAAUCCCAAACAUUCCAUGAAAACUGAAAAAGCCCCUUCAAAGUUUUGUUUGCCCCUUAAAAUCCUUAAUACUCUUCUGCCUUUAGGGGCCGAUAUCAAACGCACAAACACAAAUGAUUCACACUCUAAUGCGAGCUGUAGCUCUGUGUAGCAUUUCAGUCGGCAUCCUCGACUCCCCGGCCUCUAGUUUGACAGCGGUAGCGCUACAUCUGUCGGUUGUUGUAUCACUGAGGCUCGCAGCAAUGACGGCAAAGGUCGAGCCAAUUAAAAAUAACGAGCUGCAGCGUGGGUUGUUCAUGUAGCGGCCGUAUUUAGCUGCUGAUAUGACGAAUGUUCAUUAGAGCAAAGGAGAGGUUUUGAUAUAUACACUUAUCUGCUGGUUCAGUUUGUGUGUUAGAGGCAAGUAUCACAUGCUGGUGGGAAACCAUUUCAAUAAGUACUGUAACAGUUUUUCCAGAUCUUAGUUGGUAAGUUUGAGCCCUGUAUAAUUCCUAUAAGAACUGAACAGACGUACGGCGUAUUAGAAUAUAAUUCUAUUUUAAUCAACCCAGCUGUCUACACAGGCCAAGUAAUGGCUUGGGCUUCUCUUGCGCUUUCCACAAGUGUAUUUUUACAUUUAUGGUUUUACAGUAAUUGUGUUUUGGGCUCUGAAUGCUGCCAAAACGUGGAUAACCAAAAACCUGAAACCUGAACGCACCCUGUGUAGACACUGAUGGGUUUUAAUAUUCACGACACACAUGGACAAUCGCUUUUGGUUGUUAAAGGCUGAUUUCACCGGGUUUACCACUUUCAGACUAGAGGCCUUUAGUUUGAACAGUCAGAUGCCACUCACUAACUCUUUCAACAGAAAGCUCCAGUCGUCACGCCAGAGACUUGUCCACUGCCAAUUCCCUGACAGCCAUUCGGUCAGUACCACUGUUUCAUCAACACAGUUUGUCCGAGGUCCAUACACAACAUGUCUCACUCCUACGUGUGUGUGUUUAUUAUGCCUGACUUGCACACACAGGGUCAGAUCACAAUUUCUUUUGUAUGUACUAAAGCAUUGCAAUAUAUGUCAAUACCCCCAUCAGAUAAAUAGAAUGUAAUCACAUCUAAAUAUGACUAUUCAGGCUGUAGUUGUUACAUAUAGGCAACAGUACAUUUUGAAAGUAUUUAUCACUUGGCAUAAUACUGUAACUAAACCUAGUGCCAGGAAAGACGGAGAUGGAAUUUUUUUUAAAGAAUAACGUAAUUAUUGACCGCGUGUUAUUUGGUAUUCUUGAGGAAAACCGUUUUUCUCACAUGCCCCCCGAUGAGACAAUUCUUGAUGAGUUGGAGUAAAAUAACUAUCAAAACAUCCAUUUACAAACUUCCCACAACUUGUGCAGUAAACCUUUGUAUUCAAACACUUCUUCAAGUGUCUCACGCUUGCGAAGGCUUGUUUCUCCGAGGUGUUUUAAAUGGUAAGGUUGUUUUUUGUUUUAAAAGAUUAUUUUCUGGGCUUUUUUUUGCCUUUUUAAUUGAUAGCGUUUUUUGAGCAUACGACUGGAUAAAUGACACUUGGAUUAUACUGAACUAAAACAGAUGUUUUGAUCUCAUUUUGCUGUUGUUAAAGCGGCCUCCUUUUACUUCAAUUUGUCAAGACUUUUCUCCCUGUUUUUAUUCUUUGUUCAUUCGGGGGGGAAAAUAACAUUUUCUUCAAGAGUUCAAGGUAACACGGUGUGAGUAAUUCAUAUACAAAUGAGCAUUUUGGGUGUGAAGAAGCCCUUUAAAACCUGCAACAGGUCACUCCUCAAGUUUUUGAGGAGUGCAGGCAGUUUGAGCUGGAUGACCAGCAGCAUCACUCGAUAGUUCAACCACUUUGUCCCACACAUCUGAUCGCAUAUUCCUCCUGAACAAACGGCCUUGGGGCAUGUUCGCAUGAAUCCAGGGGGAUAGUUGUCUCGCUAGAGAGGAGAGUGGAAACUAGGUGGUCUCACCUCAUUAAUGGCACUAUUUAUUCCUCCUUUGAUAUAUCUGUAUACAUAUGAAUAUAUACAUGUAUACUGUAUAUACAUAUUUAAGUGUUGACAUAUAUGAAUGUAUGAGCAAUGUGUCUAUUAACGUGUAGGUAUCGUCAGUAUGUCUUUAUAUAUCAUGUUAUAUUUGUAUAUGACGCAUCACGGACUAGCUCCUCCAUUCUUUCUGUCCCACAGUUGAUUACAUGUACAUUCAUAUUUAAAUAUAAUGUACAUGUAAAAUGUUGUUUUUGUGAUGUUUCUUAUCACAAUUGUGCAAAACCUGCUUAUGGUUAGCAGGGUUUUUCCAAGCUGGGAUAGUGAGGCAUGUGAUCAUCGUGUUUAUUAAUGUUUUGUACAGUUUUUAAGUUUUCAUGGUAGUUCAUGUAUUCAUAAUAUACAGAGAGAUGCAGGUGGCAGCAUAAGAUGGAUACGGAUUAUCCUGCAUAUGGCCUCACAUGUCAUCAUGUCCAAGGAUACUCUCAUUCCGUGCAUCAAAACAUUUACAGCUCUUUCUUUCUACACAGGAGUUGGACGUUUUCUGUGAAGAUCAAUAUUUUGGUUUCUUUACAUGAGAUUGACUUGAUUCUCUACACUUUUCAUUUCAAUGCAAUGUUUUUAGCUGUAAAACUUACAUUUGACUUAUUCACUUUUUGCAGGCUGCAGACUCUCCACUAGGGGGAGCUGUUCAGUCACUUCGACCAAAAUACUUUAGACUGGUUUGUGGUUUUAGGUCUUCUUUUUGCUUUUAGAUUACUUUUAGAUUUCCCAAAAAUAAAGACUGACUUAAUCAAGAACGAGCUCUGUGCAACACGUACAUUUAGACUUCUAUCUGAAGUCUAAGUAUUGGUUAAAUCUAAGCCAUAGUUAAAGUCUGUCUUCCUGAAACUCAGUGCGACCCAUGCUGAGCUGCAGCAGCACAUGAGACCUGCAGAUGCUGACGUGUUGCUGUCUCCGACUACUGGCAUAGAAAGUUGCUGCAUUUUUUAAAAACAUUUGCACCACUUGCAGGCAAUUCAUUUUUAUAGAUAAUUUUACAUUUUUAUAUUUGUUUCCCUUUUUUUUUAUACUAUAUAUGAUCCAGGCACAAUAUCAAGUCAUAGGAACUUCACCAUCAGACAAGUGAGCUUAAGUGAACCUGCUUAUUUUUAUAUUUGAGGUGCAUUAGGUGUCAGAACUGGACGCAGUAUAUAAUCAAUCUUGCUCAAUUUACUAUCAGAUGUUAGAAACCAGACAUGGAAGUGCCCACAGUGAAGAGUUGGUUGGUCGAUCGACAGAUAAUUUACUAUUUUAAUAAUCGCUUGCGUUGCUAUCCAAACACUCAAUGGUUCCAGCUCCUGUGUGCAGUUUUGCUGCCUUUUAAAUUCAAUUAAAAAAUGUUAGUUUAGAUUGUUCAAGCUGUUUCAAGACAUUACAUUUGGCUCAGGGAAAUUAUGAUGUUAAUUUUCACUAUUUUCUGUGGUGUUUUUUUAUUUUUUAGACCAGUCGAGGAAAUAGUAGUAAUCGAUAAUAAAAAUAAUUAUUAAAUCAGUUGGUUCCCUACCCCAGAGUAGCACUAUGAGUUUACAUAGUGUGUAUAACCAAAGUGAAUAUGUGUAGGUUCAGUUGGAAAACAUACCUUAAAGCCAAAUUAAAAUAAGUACAGCUAGUGUGUUUAUACAGCGAUCUGAUCGCAUAAAAAUACAAUCUUUGAAUACAAUCUCAAGACAUGCAUUGAAAUGUGAAGUGUUGUUGUAGACGUCGGCUCACUGUUGGCCUGGAGGACAAGUCAGAGAAGGGAAUAUUAUCAGAGAGUUAGAAAUGAGGGCAAACUGUCUUGUGAUGUCUCUCAUGGGGGACAUCACAAGGUGUCAGGGCUGGUUGUUCCUGUCAUUUGGUCAUCUCAUGCACUUGAACAUGUUUCAGAUCUGUAAAGCAACACUCUUGAUUUCACACACAUUGCUUCCUGUUUUGUGUCUGGCAAGAUGAAUCCGGUGCAGUAGCUUCAUUUUCAAGUCUAAUUCAGCGCAUGUGCCACAUUGCAUUUUUCCCACCGCCUUGUCAUGAACCCCGACCCACACGACGGUGAAGUUAUGGAACAGAUUAUAUAACAAAGACAGAGAGAACCACUUACCUCUGUGCCCUCACACGAAUGCAUUAAACACCAAGAUUGUCUUGUGCCAAGUGACCUACUGUAUUGUACAAAAAGCCACUUCUAUGUUUAUGAUUGGCUUUUAUGUCAUUUACAUCGACUGGGGUUUCACUCUAUUCACAUCUGCUCUACAAUACUGCCCUCCUUCUGAAUUGACAAAAAGCAGCAAUUUGGUGAGUUUUACAUACAAGUACGUGUUUAAGAUUUGAGAAUUCUCGGGGUAAACUCGGUCCAGGAUGAGGGUAUGUACUUUAUAGCAUCAACUGCCUACACCAACCUGCUUAUUAAUUCAAUCAUUGGUUUAGGGUCUGAUAAACACUAGCCAAACUAGCCAUGGUAGAUGUUUUCUGUCACAUUUUCUAGCCACUAUUUAUACAACUCUUCCUUUUUGGGUGAAGCAAAGAUGCGACAAAGUUUUCCUAAAAAGAAAGCGUCUACGAUGGCUACACUCUGCUGGCGUCACACUUUUUAUGCAUUGAGUAACAGAUAAACACUGCCACCUGCUGUUCAACAAAUCAAGCUAUUUCUUUCAUAAAUGUUUACAAUCCUUUGUUUUCUUCCUUAAUGUGAAACCCUGUAAUGUCAAGACUUCCUUUGUUUUGUUUUAUUUAACAAGGUACCAGCAUCAUUUUGUGGGUUAUACUCCAGGUACAGUACUUUAUGUAUUAUCGAGAAUGUCAAAUGUGAAAUGCCAUUGAUGUAUUUUGUUAUAUAUACUGAGUAUGUAACACGCACUAAGGCAAUUGUGAAUUGCUGCAUUUUACCGUCUUAACUGGCCUACUAUAUAGAUAGGACAUUGUUUGGUGUUGGAUCUAGUGAGUUGAAAUUGCAGAUGAAACUGAUUUAUUUUCUCUUCAGUUUUAUUCAUUUUUCCUUAGAUUUGUCCUGUUACAAGGAUGUAAAUGGAUUAUACGUUCAUUUUUCCCCUCUGCUAAUAAAGAAGGCUAUUUUUGUGUACAGUAGGAAAUCAUGAAAGUGUGAUUGUGACCUACUUCUAUCGACUUAACCAUUAAUCGAAACACAGUAUGUCAUUAUCCGUGUUGUUUUUGGAUGAGUCACCUAUAAUGGUACCUGGACCAGAUGGUAAUUGUAGUUUAUUCAUGGUGCUUGUUGAAAAGUGUACACGUUACCAGAGUAGAGGAGAGGAGGAUUAAAUCAUUCAGAGAGAGCCAGGUAGUUUUUUUUUAAAUCACAGAAAAGUACAUUAAAUUGACUUUCACUCGAAUGUGCAGUCCCAUGUGGUGCAUCUCAGCCAUCUGUGCUGAAGUAGGCAAAACCCUGAAAUGUUUAAACCCUCUGUGACUGACAGUUGAUAUUUUACAUCAUGGAAACUCAUCUGGCUGAACUUAUCUGAAUUGUGCAUGAUGCAAUAAACUCCAUCCAUCUGGUACUCUUGAGAGCGCUCAAACAAACAUCACAAAUGACUUACAAAUACUGUUUGGCCCAGGUGAAGUGCAGAGCUGCCAUAUUAUUAUUAUUAUUAUUAUUAUUAUUAUUAUUAUUAUUAUUAUUAUUAUUAUUAUUAUUAUUAUUAUUAUUAUUAUUAUUAUUAUUAUUAUUAUUAUUAUUAUUAUUAUUAUUAUUAUUAUUAUUAUUAUCCCAUUCUGAAAAAAAGGCUUAAAGCAAGAGUUUUAGCACAAAUGAGCCCACUGCCUGACUCUCCCAGAGUCCAUUACACAGUCGAUGUCUUCUCGUCACGUUUCUGUUUGUGUACAGAUAUCUCUGAGGACGUUGUGACGUUGGAUCGGCUGUUUAAUGGGUAUAUCCACAUGUAUAUUUGUCACCGCCACUGACAUAUUGACGAACACAGCACCCCACCCAAAGCCUUACAGGAAAGAUCAAUUCUUUAGAUUGUUUUUCAGUUGGUGUAUCUCACUUCACACAGUAGGAAGGGACGGCUCCCUUACAGGAUGAGACGUUGUUGAAGUGCACUUGAUUUUAAACUGCAAUGUUGAUUUUUUUUCUUACCUUGGACAAGUUCCUUCUUUCUUAUGUUUAAGAAAUAAAUGGCUGAGGUAUUAACGUCUCA